UCACAGAGGGACAGACUCUCCUCCACAACGCGCUAUUUCCCAAAGCAUGCAGAGUUUUCUGUAAGGCAGGGGUAAAACACUCUCAGGUCAGACACUAGCCAGUGUGUUUGAAUGUAGGAAACCUUAGCAUUUGAUUUAAGAUGACAGUCACUUACUCCAGUAAAGUGGCCAACGCCACUUUCUUCGGUUUCCACAGACUGCUACUGAGGUGGAAAGGCAGCAUUUACAAACUCCUCUACCGUGAAUUUCUGGUUUUUGUUCUGCUUUACUCCCUCUUUAGCUUCAUCUACAGAUUGGUGCUUACAGAUCCUCAGAAGCGUUUCUUUGAAAAGUUGUCUAUCUACUGUGAUCGAUAUGCCGAACAGAUUCCUGUCACCUUUGUGCUAGGUUUCUAUGUAACACUGGUGGUGAACCGCUGGUGGAAUCAGUUUCAGAACCUGCCGUGGCCCGACCGGCUCAUGUUCCUCAUCUCCAGCUGUGUUAUGGGUCAGGACGAACAGGGACGGCUGUUGCGGCGCACACUGAUGCGCUACGUCAACCUCACCUCACUGCUUAUCUUCCGCUCAGUCAGCACUGCGGUGUACAAGCGUUUCCCUACCAUUGACCACGUGGUGGACGCAGGCUUCAUGACCAUAGAGGAAAGGAAGAUCUUUGAGAACCUCAAAUCACCACACCUCAAAUACUGGAUUCCUGCGGUGUGGUUCACCAAUCUGGCCUCCAAGGCAAGAAAAGAGGGGAGAAUACAAGACAGUGUGGAUCUUCAGACCAUUCUCACUGAGCUGAACAAAUUCCGGACCUGGUGCUCUACUUUGUUUGGAUACGACUGGGUCGGGAUCCCCUUGGUUUACACACAGGUCGUAACGUUGGCCGUCUACACGUUCUUCUCAGCCUGCAUCAUCGGCCGGCAAUUUCUCGACCCCACUCAGGGCUACCAAGGACACGACCUUGACCUUUACGUGCCCAUCUUCACAUUGCUGCAGUUCUUCUUCUACUCCGGAUGGCUUAAGGUAGCAGAGCAGCUCAUAAACCCAUUUGGAGAAGAUGAUGAUGACUUUGAGGCCAACUGGUGCAUCGAUAGGAACCUGCAGGUGUCUCUGAUGGCAGUGGAUGAGAUGCACAUGAACAUUCCCCACAUGACCAAAGAUAUUUAUUGGAACGAACCUGAUGUACGCCCACCGUAUACCCGUGCUGCUGCAGACUACUGCAUCCCAUCAUUCUUGGGCUCUACUACUGACAUGAGUAUCUCAGAAAUAUUGCAGAACAAAGACGUCGAUACCAGUAACCCCCGGGGUCAGGCCACAGUUCUGGGCCGCAUGCGUCGCUUGCUGAGCGUCCAGGAGCCGGCGGAGCUGCAUACACGUCCAUCGCUCAAGCGCCACUCCAGUGACAUCUCCAGCUUCCUGCCGUUUGGUCCAGUCCACCAUUUUCACCCCAGGGAGGAGGAAAAGAUGCAUACUCACUCCAAACUACAUUCCCUGCGUGGGAAUUUUUACCCGCUUUCCACCGUCAACGAGGUGACCGGCACCUCGGCUUCUCCCGAUUCAUCGCUACACACCCCUUCUCCAGACAAGAUACCUUCAGUAGUGAUCAGUGAAGACGUGAGUGAGAGUGUUGAACAGGAGUCUUCAGCUCAGGUCCAGGAGCAUCAUGGGAAGGAGGUGAACACAGCACAAGGUGUUACAGACACGCACUCCAGGAAGUUUGGACGCUUUUCUCCAGCUAGUAAGAUAAAAAGGAAUCAACGGUCAGUUCAGCAGUCGAGACACAGCUCGGUCAGCAGCACAAAGAGCUUUCCGAGCCCCAAAGACGUCCAGAGAAGAAACCAACAGCAGGAAACUCUUCUACAACAAACAUGUGGAACUGCAGACUCCAGCAGCCAGGAGAAACAACAGAGACAAAACCAGGAGAGCUGAAAGCUUUGAGAAUUCUCAAUGAAACCAUUGAUCCAAACUCAGGUGACUCUGAUCUGGAUUUUCUGUGUCCAGCAUGGAGUCCAGACACUUUUAGAUGAUCUACAGAACUCAGUUAUCAUGUACAGAAGCCCUGAAUUCUUAUUUGUUUGUUGACUGUUGUUGAUCUGUAAAACAUACAGCAAUUGAACGGACAGUUCAGGGCUUCAGUAGUCUUGUAUUUGAAAAGUAGUUUAAUCUGAACACCAUGUCCAUGUAGUGACCUAGUCAAUGACAGUGCUUUUGUUUUUAAGGAUCGAGGAUUCCACCUCCACCUCACUCUGACCAAAGUGACUUGAACACGCCUGACGUGGUAAUUACGACUUCCCGGAAGAACUUAUACACACCUGAUGUUGCAAGUACGACUUCUCAGGAGAGCUUGAACACUGUGUGUCUUAGUUGUGUUGAAAUGAGAAUGAGCCAUAAACCCAUUAGCUAUGGAUUAUAAAUCCAGAAAUCUGUCAAUACAUUUAAAAAAUUCCAUUCUAACAUCUUAAAAUGAAAUUAUUCUCCAUUUCUGCCCAAGUAUUUAAGGUGCAUGUGACCAAUAUGCUGAAGUGUGACUCAUUAGCACUUAUUAAU